AUGUCGUGGCACUCCCCCCUAACCAACUUCCUCCGCCGCACCCCCUCAACACCCUACACAACAGUCCCCAACAACCCGCCCUACAUCAGCGACCAGGACUACAGCUACAUCUCCCCCGACGACUCCGCCCGCUACGAACGCACCCGCUACGCCGCGGACUCCGCCGCCGCCUCCGAAGAAGAAGACAACCAACCCGACACCCUCCUCCUCAAGCACCGCAAAAACACCUACGAGCUGCACUUCCCGGCCUACGCCAUCAGCGACGGCACGCUGACGGUCGGGCAGCUGCGCAAGCGCGCCGCGGAGGUCACCCGCACGCGCGACCCCAGCCGCAUCGUGCUGCUCUACAAGGGCGAGAUUCUGCAGCGGGAUGCGGUGCCUUGUUGUGCGGAGGGCCUGAAGCAGGAUUCGGAGGUGUUGUGUGUUGUUUCGGAGGUGGAGGUGGGGGAGGGGUCGCCUAGGGUCGGGGUCGGGGUCGAGGGGGGUGCUGGUGGUGUUGCUGGUGGGGUUGCAAAUGAUGGUGCUGAGCAGCAGCAGCAGCAGCAGCAGCAGACACGCACCCGCAACCGCAACAGGAACAAGAACAAGAAGAAGCUCGCGAAGAAGGAGAAGGAGAAGAGCAAGAAAGAUACCACCACCGUCCCAACGGAAGCCGCCCGACCAACCCCUACCCCCACCACCGGAGGAAGUGGAAGCAGCACAAUGCCUCCCCCCUCCCCCAACCUCAAAAACUACCCCACAGCCCGCGACCAAGUCGAAGCGCUGCGCGAGUACCUCCGGCGAGAACUGGUACCGCCCUGCGAGGCCUACGCGCGGUCUCCCCCCACCGAGGAAAAAGCGCGGGCGUUCGAGAACCGCAAGCUGAGCGAGACGAUCCUGGCGCAGGUGAUUCUCAAGGCGGAUGGGAUUGAGCCGUCCGGGGAUGCGGAGACGAGGACGGCGCGGAAGGCGUUGAUUAAUGAGGCGCAGGCGGCGCUGGGGUUGUUGGAUCGGGUGGGAUGA